CGUGCUGCGCCCCGCGGCCGUGGCGGCCCCCCCUAUGGUGCGCGCCGAGGAUGGCGGAGAGACGGCGCAGUGAGGAAGAUGAUGACUUUCAAUAUAUGGAUCAUGACUAUGAGGUACCACAACAAAAAGGUUUGAAGAAGAUAUGUAGCAAGGUGAAAUGGACCCGUGAAGAGGAUGAAAGGCUAAAGAAACUGGUGGAACAAAAUGGUACAGAUGAUUGGGCUUUCAUUGCUAGUCAUCUACAAAAUCGUUCAGAUUUUCAGUGCCAACAUCGAUGGCAGAAGGUACUAAACCCAGAAUUGAUUAAAGGUCCCUGGACUAAAGAAGAAGAUCAGAGGGUGAUUGAAUUAGUUCAGAAGUAUGGUCCAAAACGCUGGUCUCUAAUUGCAAAACACCUGAAAGGAAGAAUAGGCAAGCAGUGCAGAGAAAGAUGGCAUAACCAUCUCAAUCCUGAGGUAAAAAAGUCUUCGUGGACAGAAGAAGAGGACAGAAUAAUCUAUGAAGCUCACAAGCGUUUGGGAAACCGAUGGGCUGAAAUAGCAAAACUUCUUCCUGGAAGGACUGAUAAUUCAAUUAAAAAUCACUGGAAUUCAACAAUGCGAAGAAAGGUGGAACAGGAAGGAUAUUUGCAAAGUGUUAUAAAGUCUGAAAGCGCUAGUUCUGCUGAACUUCAGCCCCAACCUUGUCUGACUAUGGAACACUUGCACCCUCAGAAUCAAUUUUAUGUGCCUGUUCAGACACACAUUCCAGCAUAUCAAUAUGCCUCACCAGAAGGCAGCUGUCUAGAACAUGCUCCAUCUUCUUCCAACAUAGUUCAGCAGCCAUUUAUUGAUGAUGAUCCUGAUAAAGAAAAGAAAAUAAAGGAACUUGAAUUGCUACUUAUGUCAGCAGAGAAUGAAAUCAGAAGAAAGCAAAUGUCUUCUCAAGCUGGAAGCUUGUCUUGUUGGUCUGGAAAUUUUAUCAUGGAGGAUUGUAUGACUAAUACACUAAGUAGCCUUGAGGAACAAACAAGUAAUUUCUACAGCAUGGACGAGACCCGCAUCACACCUGUUCAGCAGAAUUCACCACCUAAGUAUUUGGGUGUAGAAGCAAAUAGAAUGUUAACACCUCUACAAACCAUUCCAGAAUUUGCAGAGACACUAGAUCUUAUGGAAAUUGAUCCGGUAGCAUGGAGUGAUAGCUGUUUUGAGCUUUCCGAGGCUGUUGUAUCCCCGGUCAAGCCAGCUCCAGUAAAACUAAUGCGGCUUCAACACGGUGAAGGGGCUGCCGAGUGCCAGUAUAAUGUCGGCGUUAUGCUCGAUGGCAAAAACCACAGCAGUAUCAGUGGGGACGAGGAAACAGUUUUUUCAUCAACCUCAAACCUAACUAAGUUCAGCAAUCCACCUGCUAUCCUGAGAAAGAAGAAGAGAUUGCGUGCUGGGCAGUCCCCGGUGACUGAUGUGAACGAUGGCUUGUGUAACGAUGCCGUCAACGUUGCGCUGAAGCGGACGCCAGUGAAAACACUACCAUUUUCUCCAUCACAGUUUUUCAACACUUGCUCUGGAAAUGAACAAUUUAACUUUGAAAAUCCUGCAUUUACAUCGACUCCAAUCUGUGGGCAGAAAGUUCUUAUUACAACUCCUGUACACAAGGAAAUAACACCACAAGAUCAAAAGGAAAAUGUGGGUUUUAGAAGUCCCACAAUGAGAAGAUCUCUUUUGGGUUCAACACCAAGGACACCAACUCCUUUUAAAAAUGCUUUGGCUGCUCAGGAAAAAAAGUAUGGUCCUCUCAGACUUAUGUCACAACCACUUGCCUUCUCGGAGGAAGACAUUAGGGAAGUUUUGAAAGAGGAAACUGGAACAGAUAUAUUUCCCAAGGAGGAAGAUGACCAUUUGUAUAAAACCUGCAAGCAGGAGCACAACUUUUCUAAAAAAGUCAGAAAAUCACUGGUCCUAGAUUCACAAGAAAAGGAAGAGGUUGGAGCCCAGCGCUUGACAGAAGAUGAUAGUUUAGAUGUACAGUCAAAAAAUGCGUAUACCACAUCUUUAUUAAUGACACCGUUGUUGGAAAUACAGGACAACAGAUGUAACCUGAUAUCAGAAAAACAGGAUACAAAUCCAGCAAACAAAGCAAAUGCAGUAAUUAAGAAGAAACUGAAUGCAUGUGCUACAAAAAAUGUCAAAAUGGAGAAAGCUCUUCAGCCAAAUCGUGACUGGGAGGCAGUUGUUUAUGGAAAAACAGAAGACCAACUUAUCAUGACAGAACAAGCAAGAAGGUAUCUGAGCACAUACACAGCUACCAACAGCAGUUCGAGGUCUCUGAUACUGUGAUGGUCUCUGCAGCUGACAACCAUCUCUUUCCAUUGAAACUGAAACAAUGUUGGAGGAGAUUCUGAUGUGAUACUUGGGAAUUAAGUCUUUGAGAGAGUCUGCCAAGGGAAACCUUAAAGCUACCUUAAAGCUUCCUUUCUUCUUUUGACUGACAAAGAACAGGCAUGAAGCUCUCACAUGCUUUACGAAGGGAUACUGCAAACAGUUCUGCAAUGAAUUUUUUAGAUAUUAAGAGAGUA